AUGGAAAGCAAAAGAGAGAUGAUGGCCAACUUUCCUCUACUUCCAGUCACCAUGGUGCUGGUUCUAGCUCUAUCCAGUCUCCAUUUAGCAACAUCCCAUCCCUAUUCAGAAGCCUACAGCAUCAGUGGGCACCAACCAGGCAAGGGAAAAUACACUGCCGAGAUCUACGGGGCCACCUUUACUCAGGUUCCAGGCAACCAACCCACCAAGUGCGACAACAAGUACUACAGUGAUGAUGAGAAGGUGGUGGCGCUCUCCGCUGAGUGGUUCCUUGGUCGCUGCCUCAAGAACAUCAGGAUCCAUUCCAAGACGAGGUCAGUUGUAGCUAAAGUGGUCGACGAGUGCGAUUCGAUUCAUGGUGGUUGUCCUCGUGACAUCCUGCGGGCUACUCCGGCGGUGUGGAAGGCUUUGAAAAUCCCCUAUGAAGAGCUUGGACACGCUUUGGUUACGUGGUCUGAUGAGUGA